GUCAGUUAUUCGGGAAGUACUGCAACACAGGCAACAAAACGGCAUAAUAUUAAGAGAGUACUGAGUAGCACAUGUGAUUACAGUAAUGAUCGCAAAAACUCAGUUACAGUCUUAACGUAUCGCCGAAGAGCUUAAAGGCAAAUACGUUUUCGCUGCAACUAACGGCCAUUAGUCUGUCAAGGCCCAUGACAGCCUACUUUUAACAGCAGUUUUUAGUCGGGUCGCAAUCGUUAAUAAUUAUCUUUCACGGAUCGUAACAACUACUAACAAGGAUUACUUUUAUCUGUGCGGUUGCGGUUUGAUAACCUUGAUUCAAGUUUUUGCCUUCGGCGUCGCCAUUAAUGAUUCCAAAUGGCAGCUUGCGAAUGUUACAGUGGUUCGUAAAAAAGACAAUGCAAGUGAUCGUCAUGACUCAGUCAAAGAAUGGCUCUAUACUGACAGUCAAGUCAGCGAGGCUUAUCGUGCAUGCCGAACUGUGUAUUAUUGUCUGUUGGUUCUGUGCACGGUGGGUAAUGUGUUGAAUUUGAUCGUUCUUCUACGUAGUGUUUCCACGUGGAAGACGUCGGCGUGUCAUUACAUGAUCGGCACCGCCAUUGCUGAUUUGGCAGCACUGGGGAGCUGGAAUAUAUUGCCGUUAACAUCCAGCGCGAGGUUACUAGCCGGACAGAAACAUCCGCACAACGGAAAAAAAAAUUCGGCUGAUUGAAUGACAUGCAACACAGAGUUUCUUACCAGCGCCAAGCGCUUAUAUACAUACACAAAAAUCUCACGGCCAGCGGCCACUCAACAGGAACCAUGCAGACGGAAGGUGGAUCUCGUAGGUGGUGCGGCCUGAUCGAAUUCUUGCCCACGGAGGGGCUUGGGUAUUAUCACUUAAGGGGCCUAAGUACACCAAUCUUAUCGUGGUUCUGUGAAGCCGCAAUGAGUCUAUCCGAUUGGAUCCUGGUGGUGUUCUCGUGGGAGCGCCUACUUAUUAUUGUCAGUCCUUUUCGAUUUGGAUUUCUGCAGCGAGUUCUGGCUGCACGCCUUAUCAUUGUCGUUCUCGUCAUUCUGUCGCUGGCCUGCUAUGCAUUCCGGUUUGUCAAGGGUUACAUUUUUGAAACGGUUCAUGACUAUCAUGUGCUCCAAAGUGUCUAUGGAUGGCACUUUAUAUGGGAACGAGUAGAUAAUACAGCGCUGGUUGUGGUAAAAAUUUUAACAUUUUUGCUGAUUCUUGUUCCCAAUGUGAUUCUGAUUGCCUUCCUUGUGCGCCAGCAACGAUCUUCAAUUGGUGAAAUGCGACGCAACCAGCAAGCCCACAGUGGGGCUUCCACCUCGACAUCUGCUAGUAAAUCCUUAUCCCAGCAUGGAAUCAACAUCAUCCUGUUGAGCAGUGCACUACUAUAUCUCAUUACGCGCACCCCUAAGUUUUUCGAUUUGUGCGCGCGGGCAAUACCACCUCGGUAUUACUGGAACUUUUCUUACAUGGAUGAUGAUAGCAUACAUACUCUCGUGAAACCAGUAAUAAUGGUAUCAACAUACUGUGGUUAUUCGUUGAAUUUCUAUAUUUAUCUGUUGACUGAACGCCAGUAUCGACGCCGCUUCGUCGAGCUAGUCGCCCGCCCAGCAUGCCAUCCAUGCUUCCCCACAAUGUUCGCUAACGGGGAUGAUGAGCAGCGAACCGGAGACCGAGAAAUGAAUGAAAGGCACCCAGCAAAUACAAUAAAUUCGGCGAUUCACAGCAGUGACUCUUAGGAUGCUUAUAAUAGCAAUCGGCUCUUUUGAUUGAGUACUAGUACCGGUACUUGUGCAAUAAGUUUACUGCGAUAAAGUAUCGUGAAUAUUUGACGGCUCCUUCCCGUAUUCCCCCAGAGUCGAUUCGUAUGUCGUGCAGCCCAAAUAAACAACCAAACGUUC